AUAUUAAUGUAUGUCAAAUGGGCGGGAACAUAGAAAGGUCAAGGAAGAGGUGCAUGCUGGGAAAACACGUGUAGUGGAAGACCAGAGAGGUGACACGUUCAGUUUGCCACCAUGUCGUCCAAUAAGAAGGGCGGCGAUGAGCGUUUCCUCCGGGUUCAGAAGGACCCCAGGUUUUGGGAGAUGCCCGAGAGAGAACGCAAGAUCAAGAUCGACAAGCGCUUCCAGUCCAUGUUUCACGACAAGCGCUUCACGGAGAAAUACACGGUGGACAAGAGAGGCCGACCCAUCAACCAAACCUCCACCGAGGACCUGAAGCGCUUCUACAACGUCUCCAGCUCAGAGGACGAAGACGACGAUGAGGAGGGUGUGAAGAGCAAGAAGAAGAAAGAAGUGAAGGAGGAGCUGGUGAAGGUGGAGAUAGAAGUGAAAGUGGAGAAAGAAGUGAAGGUGGAGAUAGAAGUGAAAGUGGAGAAAGAAGUGAAGGAGAGCAAAGACGUUAAAGCUGAAGGACCGCCGCCUGAACGAGGGGUCAGAGUCAUAGAAGAGGAUGAACUUGUGCGUUACACUGCAGCAGAGAAGACCUUCACUGUGAGAAAAGACACAUUCCUCGCGCGGAGCCUGGAGCAGCACGCCUGGAAAUUUGAUCGGGUGACCGGGGAGGCGCUGGUGGUCGUGCACAUCGGAACCGAUGAUGUGGCCUCCGGACUGUCCCCAGCAGCCAUCGUGGGACAAAUGGAGGCCCUCAUUGACCGGAUCCAGCACGGCCAUGCAGAGCCUCUCUAUGUUGGCCGUCUGCUCUAUCCUCCCCCGGCUGGUGGACAACCAAAGGACGAUGGGUACGGUGCGGGACACCAACCGCAGGUUCCCACGAAUUGUGUCGGAGGAAGAAGGACACAAUUCACCUCCCUACCGGGAAACUGUUUCUCCAUCACAGACAGAUUAUUCAAAAUUAUUUUACUGGGGAUGGAGUCCACCUAA